AAAGGCAGAUAUACAAUGUUUUUUAAAGGAAAUUAAAACGUUCAAGUAAUAACAUGUUCAACUACUUAAGACAUUGGCUCGAAUCUAAGUUGUGUCUUUAGAUUUCUAGAAAACUAAUAACCAAGGAAGAUUGUUAACUUCUCUCAUUGACUUCUCAAAAAACGGCCUAGUCAAUUUGGUCUGUUUCGCAAGAGUUCCAAUAAGUCUCGCCUCUGGGUUUAGAAACCAGUAGAAACUCCGUGUUCCAAGUUUCGCUUCUGAACUUUUUUUGAUUCCUCAAUUCCGUAUUGUCCUAAACGAAGCAAGAAUAACAACAACCAGUCAGUAUAAUUUCGAAACUAACGUUAUCCAUAUCAAGCUUAGGCUAUAAAUCGCCAAAAGAAACGCCAAUGACUUGGUAACAAAUAAUUUUGAAAAUAUAGAAUUAAGACAGAUACUAGUCAGGUAGGAGAUUCCUUGAUAACGUUAGCUGCGCUCGGUUGGUCUGCUCCAAACUAUUGUGGCGAUUGUAAAUAUUGCAUCAAGAAAUCAAACAGGUCACUGAUAGCAUACAACAUAGUUUGCGUUUCGCACGUCCUUUUUUAUUUUGACAACUCACAUUUCUUCGAAAGGCGAUGUCUAGAAUGCUGAGCAAGGAUCUUCCAGAUAUCGAGAAUAUCCUGGCCCUGAACCCCCGGGUGAAGAGCCAUGCUGAUAUCUGCUCCACCUCUGCUAAGAAAGUAGAGAAGAAGCACUGGAAAAGAAACCCAGAGAAAGGCUGUGAUAGCUGCGUGACGCUGGAGAACAAUUUUGACGACAUCAAACACACAACUCUGAGCGAGCGCGGAGCACUUCGGGAAGCAAUGAGGUGCCUGAAAUGUGCAGAUGCCCCUUGUCAGAAAGAGAGUUGCCCUACCAACCUGGACAUCAAGUCAUUCAUUACCAGUAUUGCCAACAGGAACUACUAUGGGGCGGCGAAGUCUAUCUUGUCAGACAACCCCCUAGGCCUGACUUGUGGCAUGGUGUGCCCGACCUCUGACCUCUGUGUGGGGGGCUGUAACCUCUAUGCCUCUGAGGAAGGACCAAUCAACAUCGGGGGGCUCCAGCAGUUCGCCACUGAGAUCUUCAGUAAGAUGGGCAUUCCUCAAGUGAGGAACCCAGCUCUCCCUCCUCCAGACCAGAUGCCUAACAGCUUCCACUCCAAGAUCGCUCUGAUUGGCUGUGGCCCGGCCAGCAUCAGCUGUGCUUCCUUCCUGGCUCGCCUUGGCUACGAUGACAUCACCAUAUUCGAAAAACAGAAGUGGAUCGGCGGACUGAGCUCUGUGGAGAUCCCUCAGUUCAGGCUGCCAUAUGAGGUAGUGCACUUCGAGGUGGAGCUGAUGAUGGAUUUGGGCAUCAAGGUGGUGUGUGAGAAAGCCCUGGGCCAGGACGGGAUGACUCUGCUCUCUCUGAGAGAUGAAGGUUACAAAGCUGUCUUUAUCGGCAUUGGUCUUCCACAGGCUAACAGACAUCAAAUAUUUGAGGAGCUGACGAUCGAACAAGGCUUUUACACGUCAAAGGAUUUCCUACCUUUGGUCUCCAAAGCCAGCAAAACAGGAAUGUGCAGCUGCAAGUCUUCCCUGCCGGAGCUGCGUGGCACGGUGAUUGUUCUGGGUUCAGGAGACACAGCUUUCGACUGUGCCACUUCUUCCCUGCGCUGCGGUGCCAAGCGGGUCUACGUGGUGUUUAGGAAAGGCUUCACCAACAUCAGGGCUGUCCCCGAGGAGAUGGAGCUGGCCAUGGAAGAGAAGUGUGAGUUCAUGCCCUUCCUGUCCCCUCGUGAGGUCAUCAUGAAGGCGGGUCGCUUGGCGGGAAUGGAGUUCUGUCGUACGGAGCUGACAGAUGAAGGUGAUUGGAUGGAGGACGAGGAUCAGAUCAUACGCCUCAAGGCCGAUUACAUCAUCAGUGCCUUCGGAUCCAUGCUGAGCGACCCCAAAGUGAAAGAGGCCAUGGCUCCGGUGCGGUUGAACCGCUGGGGUCUCCCAGAGCUGGACCCAGAGAGCAUGCAGAGCAGUGAGUCCUGGGUGUUUGCUGGGGGCGACGUGGCAGGACAGGCAAACACCACCGUGGAGUCAGUCAACGACGGCAAACAGGCAUCUUGGCACAUGCACAAGUACCUACAGUCUCUCCACGGCCAGACGGUGUCCAGCGUCCCCCAGCUCCCUCUCUUCCACUGUGCCAUCGACUCUGUGGACAUCGGUGUGGAGAUGUGUGGGAUCAGGUUCCCCAACCCCUUUGGCCUGGCCUCCGCUCCCCCCACCACCAGCACAGCCAUGAUCCGCAGGGCCUUCCUGGAAGGAUGGGGCUUCGCUCUCACCAAGACCUUCUCUCUGGACAAGGACUUGGUGACCAACGUAUCUCCCCGCAUCGUGCGUGGGACGACCUCAGGCCCCAUGUUCGGUCCGGGACAGAGCUCCUUCCUCAAUAUCGAGCUGAUCAGUGAGAAGACUGCAGCCUACUGGUGCCAGAGUGUUACCGAGCUCAAAGCUGACUUCCCCAACAAGGUCAUUAUCUCCAGUAUAAUGUGCAGCUACAACAAAGCUGACUGGACAGAGCUUGCUAAGAUGGCAGAGGCCUCAGGAGCUGAUGCCUUGGAGUUGAAUCUGUCUUGCCCACAUGGUAUGGGGGAGAGGGGCAUGGGACUGGCCUGUGGGCAGGAUACAGAGUUGGUGCGUAACAUCUGCCGCUGGGUGAGACAAGCUGUCCAGAUCCCCUUCUUCGCCAAACUGACCCCAAACGUCACCAACAUUGUGGAUAUAGCCAUGGCAGCACGCGAAGGUGGUGCAGAUGGCGUCACAGCAACCAACACGGUCUCGGGGCUGAUGGGGCUCAAGGCAGACGGCACUCCUUGGCCUGGCAUUGGCCGUGGCAAGAGAACCACAUAUGGCGGCGUGUCUGGAAACGCCAUCCGGCCCAUCGCCCUGCGUGCUGUAUCCGCCAUCGCCAAAACCCUGCCUGGCUUUCCCAUCCUGGCCACUGGGGGCAUCGACUCAGCGGAGUCUGGUCUGCAGUUCCUUCAUGCUGGAGCUUCUGUCCUGCAGGUGUGCAGCGCGGUGCAGAACCAGGACUUCACUCUGAUCGAGGACUACUGCCUGGGUCUAAAGACCCUGCUCUACCUGAAGAGCAUCGAGGAGCUACAGGACUGGGAUGGCCAAUCACCUCCCACAUUGCGCCACCAGAAGGGCAAACCUGUCCCGCGACUGGAGGAACUGGUGGGCAAGAGUUUACCCAGCUUUGGACCCUAUCUGCUUGAGAAGAAAAAGGUUUUGGCCGACUACAAGAAGGCAGUGAGAGACUACGUUGAGAAGACCACAGUAGUGGAGGCCAAUGGCACCAGAACGUACACCCCCAAGAGACCAGUCCCAGCUGUCAAGGAUGUUAUAGCCAGGGCUCUGAAGCACAUCGGUGCAUACGGGGAGCUGAACAACACAGAGCAGGUCGAGGCUGUUAUAGAUGAGGAAAUGUGUAUCAACUGUGGCAAGUGCUACAUGACCUGCAAUGACUCUGGGUACCAGGCUAUUUCGUUUGACCCUGAGACCCAUUUCCCUAUAGUUAACGACAGCUGCACCGGCUGCACUCUCUGUCUCAGUGUCUGCCCUAUCAUCGAGUGCAUCAAAAUGGUUACCAGGACAACACCGUAUGUGCCCAAGAGAGGCCUGCCUCAAGCCGUCAUGCCCGUAUGCUGAAACUAAAGGAUGGAGAGAGAGAAAGAAGAAACAAAAACGUCCAGCAAUGUCUGUUUGACAACAUCGAUUCCCCUGCUUUGUAAUUGUGCUGUGAAAAAUUACCUUGAUUAUAUGAAAAUAAUUAUUAGUGUGGAUAAAUAAUUGCCUUAUAUAUUCCCAAGCCAAUUAUCUACAAAUAAUCAACCGGGCGGAAAAACGUGGCAUUAUUUCUAAACAAUGAUGGUGUGGGGAUGUGUUGUUGUUUUUGUCGUUGAGUUUAUUUUCUCUUCCCCGUUGUGUCAAGGCUGUGAUAAUGAGAGUGAAGGUGGAAGAGAAAGGAGGGAGGAAGAGAAAGGAGGGAGGAAGAGAAAGGAGGGAGGAAGAGAAAGGAGGGAGGAAGAGAAAGGAGGGAGGAAGAGAAAGGAGGGAGGAAGAGAAAGGGGAAGGCAGAAAAUAAUGGAUGUUUAUGCGUCUGGGCUCUAUCUGACAAACUGAUGCACCAAUGCUACAUUCCCUAACAAGCAUGAGUGGAUGGCAGUCGGACCACAAGCCCAGAGCUAUGAAAUUAGACAUUAUAUGUUGGGAGGGAUAAUCAGAAGGAUCAGAAGUUGUAAUGAACAGAGAUGAAUAGGUGAUCGUGACAGCCUGAGGUAUUCCACCUGUGAAUGUCCAGACAAUCUCCUCUCUCGCAUACCACAUCAGAACUGGAGGUCAUUGUUUCAUGUUUAUCAAGCACUGCAUCUGUUUAGUUUGGUUCCUCCAAGUGUUAGCUACAAGCCAGCUUUACUUUUAGUUUAACUUGCCCUGCACUCCCAGUAUUAGCUACAAGCCAGCUUUACUUUUAGUUUAACUUGCCCUGCACUCCCAGUGUUAGCUACAAGCCAGCUUUACUUUUAGUUUAACUUGCCUUGCAUGCCCAGUGUUAGCUACAAGCCAGCUUUACUUUUAGUUUAACUUGCCUUGUACUCCUAGUGUUAGCUACAAGCCAGCUUUACUUUUAGUUUAACUUGCCUUGUACUCCUAGUGUUAGCUACAAGCCAGCUUUACUUUUAGUUUAACUUGCCCUGCACUCCCCGUGUUAGCUUCAAGCCAGCUUUACUUUUAGUUUAACUUGCCUUGUACUCCUAGUGUUAGCUACAAGCCAGCUUUACUUUUAGUUUAACUUGCCUUGUACUCCUAGUGUUAGCUACAAGCCAGCUUUACUUUUAGUUUAACUUGCCUUGUACUCCUAGUGUUAGCUACAAGCCAGCUUUACUUUUAGUUUAACUUGCCCUGCACUCCCAGUGUUAGCUACAAGCCAGCUUUACUUUUAGUUUAACUUGCCCUGCACUCCCAGUGUUAGCUACAAGCCAGCUUUACUUUUAGUUUAACUUGCCCUGCACUCCCAGUGUUAGCUACAAGCCAGCUUUACUUUUAGUUUAACUUGCCUUGCACCAAAGCUUAGAAUGUAUUCUACUAUUACUACUAAUACUAUUUGCAUCUGUCUGUGGUUAUGUGGAUUAUAUAUUGAUUGUGUUAACUGUUUUUUGUGUGUUUUUUGACAAUUUCUCUUGAUUUGGGUGUGUAAUUGUGAAAUCAGGGAUCUUUGUUGUAUUACGGGCCAGGGGUUGUUGUAACUUAAAGGUCAGAUCUUCCUGUGGCUGUUUCCAGUUCAAUAGAUAUGAAGAAUAGCUGUGAUUCACUGGGAGCUCACUAAAGGUCAGCUGUGACUAGUCUCAUCUCAAUAAGUACCUGCUACUCGCCCAUGGUUAAUGUAUACCUACACUACCGUUCAAAGGUUUGGGGUCACUUAGAAAUGUCCUUGUUUUUGAAAGAAAAGCACAUUUUGUGUACAUUUAAAAUAACAUCAAAUUGGUCAGAAAUACAAUGUAAACAUUGGUAAUGUUGUAAAUGGCUGAAAACGGCAGCUUUUUUAAAUGGAAUAUCUACAUAGGUGUACAGAGGCCCAAUAUCAGCAACCAUCACUCUUGUGUUUCAAUGGCAUGUUGCGUUAGCUAGUACUGUAUGUCAUUUUAAAAGACUAAUUGAACAUUAGAAAGCCCUUUUGCAAUUAUGUUAGCACAGCUAAAAACUGUUGUUCUGAUUAAAGAUGCAAAAAAAAUGUC